UCUUUGGUUAAAACGGUUUGCCAUCAGCCUAACUAGAGCUGUCAAUUUGCAUUUAGAUACUUACGCGGAACAUGUACUUAUGUUACGUCUGCUAGUUAGUAACAACCUGUGUUGCACCGAAUGCACCGGGCAAAGAAGAAGAGUGACAUGAUAAAUUCUUUAUUGAUUUUCCGUGGCGAGAAUUCGAAGAGGGAAGCUCGAUAUUCAAAUGAGUGUGUGAUACGAAAGACAAACAGUCUUCUUAGGAAAUAUGGAUCGCUUCCAAACGGACUGUAGAUAUGAUUGUUACAAGCUAUGUAGAAAACUUUUGCUACUCACUGGUUUGUGGCCUUAUGACAAGUUCAGAAACAGGCUGCUUCAUAUGGGUGUUAUCAUUGUAUUUGAUAUUUCUAUUAUGUUUGCACAGAUAGCAAACUAUUUCGUCUGCGACACAAUACAGUGCGUUUUUAAAACAUUACCUAUGAAUAUGAUGACGGUAAUGGUGUUGGUGAAAAUAUUCACGUACCAUUUUAAUAGGCAGAAGAUUAAAGGCCUCUUAGAACACUUGCACUCAGACUGGAAUGUACUGCGUUGUGAAGAAGAAUUUGUUAUCAUGAAGAAAUACGCUGAAACUGGUAGAUCCUACUCGUUUUACUAUGCUACAAGCAUAUAUUCGAUUUCCUUUAUAUUCGUAUGCACGGUUCUCGUGCCACGUUUCAUGGACAUUGUGUCUCCUUUGAAUGAAAGUCGUCCGAUAAUAUUGCCGUGUCCGGUAAACUACUUCGUCGACGAGGAAGAAUAUUUUUAUUAUAUCUUUGUCCAUCUGACAAUCGGUGCCUUUGUAUGUAUUACCGGAUUUCUCGCACACGACUGCAACUUCUUCACUUUCGUCGAACACGUUUGCGGCCUCUUCGAAAUUGUGGGCUUCAGAUUUGAACAUUUGUUAUAUAAACGAAAUAUUACGGAAAAGAGCUUGAGUGUUCGGAUUGAGGUUUCGGAUAAAUUUUAUGUCAAAAACAUCGAGUUUUCCAUUGAAGCUCACCAGCGGGCCCUCCAUUUCGCUGCCCUGCUCGAAAACACUUUCUGCUUAUCCUUCGCAGUACAACUCUUGAUAGUUACGACCGGCAUGAGCAUAACUUUGUUACAACUCUCGUCAGAAUUGCAGGGUGACAUGAUAGAAGUGGUGAGAUUCGUUCCUUUUGUAAUUGGUCAAUUGGGCCAUUUACUUAUUUACAGUUAUGAGGGGCAAAAGAUGAUAAAUCAUAGUCUUGAGUUAUGCCAGAAAAUUUAUAAUGGUUUGUGGUACACCAUACCAGUGAAUUCGCAACGACUGCUGUUGUUCGCGCUGAGGAAGACCAUAGAGCCUAGUUUUGUGUCCGCUGGAAAAAUUUACAUAUUUUGCUUGGAAAGUUUUACUUCGGUAAAGUCAUGCAAUGCUCGCUUUCGUACUUUACGGUAUUGUCAACUUUCAACGAGCCAUAAUGGAGUAGAUGAUUCUAGUAACUCGUCUAGUGAAACAACUCUUCAACAUAUCGCAGAAGUGACGUUACGAGCAAUAAGAGAUAACUAUAUCUCUCCAAUAUCUCUCCAAUAUCUCUCCAUAGCAAACUAUUUCGUCUGCGACACAAUACAGUGCGUUUUUAAAACUUUACCUAUGAAUAUGAUGACGGGAAUAGUGUUGGUGAAAAUAUUCACGUACCAUUUUAAUAGGCAGAAGAUUAAAGGCAUCUUAGAACACUUGCACUCAGACUGGAAUGUACUGCGUUGUGAAGAAGAAUUUGUUAUCAUGAAGAAAUACGCUGAAACUGGUAGAUCCUACUCGUUUUACUAUGCUAUACAACUCUUGAUAGUUACGACCGGCAUGAGCAUAACUUUAUUACAACUGUCGUCAGAAUUGCAGGGUGACAUGAUAGAAGUGGUGAGAAUCGUUCCUUUUGUAAUUGGUCAAUUGGGCCAUUUACUUAUUUAUAGUUACGAGGGGCAAAAGAUGAUAAAUCAUAGUCUUGAGUUAUGCCAGAAAAUUUAUAAUGGUUUGUGGUACAACAUACCAGUGAAAUCGCAACGGCUGCUGUUAUUCGCGAUGAGGAAGACCAUAGAGCCUAGUUUUGUGUCCGCUGGAAAAGUUUACAUAUUUUGCUUGGAAAGUUUUACUUCGGUAAAAUAUGAUUGUUACAAGCUAUGUAGAAAACUUUUGCUACUCAGUGGUCUGUGGCCUUAUGACAAGUUCAGAAACAGGCUGCUUCAUAUGGGUGUUAUCAUUGUAUAUGAUAUUUCUAUUAUGUUUGUACAGAUAGCAAACUAUUUCGUCUGCGACACAAUACAGUGCGUUUUUAAAACUUUACCUAUGAAUAUGAUGGCGGUAAUGGUGUUGGUGAAAAUAUUCACGUACCAUUUUAAUAGGCAGAAGAUUAAAGGCCUCUUAGAACACUUACACUCAGACUGGAAUGUACUGCAUUGUGAAGAAGAAUUUGUUAUCAUGAAGAAAUACGCUGAAACUGGUAGAUUCUACUCGUUUUUCUAUGCCAUACAACUCUUGAUAGUUACGACCGGCAUGAGCAUAACUUUAUUAUAUAUCUCUUCAGAAUUGCAGGGUGACAUGAUAGAAGUGGUGAGAUUCGUUCCUUUUGUAAUUGGUCAAUUGGGCCAUUUACUUAUUUACAGUUACGAGGGGCAAAAGAUAAUAAAUCAUAGUCUUGAAUUGUGCCAGAAAAUUUAUAAUGGUUUGUGGUACAACAUACCAGUGAAAUCGCAACGGCUGUUGUUGUUCGCGAUGAGGAAGAACGUAGAGCCUAGUUUUGUGUCCGCUGGGAAAAUUUACAUAUUUUGCUUGGAAAGUUUUACUUCGGUGUUGCAAUGCUCGCUCUCGUACUUUACGUCCUUCGUGCGACCCCGAGGAUGUAGUAUGCCUGUGCAGAGUAUGGAGAUUAAUUGGAAUUACUAUUACGGUAUAGUGGAGAAGUUAUCGUGUUACACCGGUUUGUGGCCAUUCCUGAAACCACGAAGGAGAUUGAUCUGCUUAUCCUUGAUGAUAGUGAUAUUCAUAACGUUGUUCAUCCCUGAGUUUGCGUUUCUCAAUAUAUGCGAGGAAGGUAUACAAUGUAAUUUUCUAUCGGUAACAGCGUAUAUGUUGACAAUUAUGUCCAUAGUGAAGAUGGCUACAUUUCAAUUAAACAUACAAAAAUUUAGAGAACUCACCAAACGCCUAUUUAUUGACCGGAAAUCACUGGAAACCCCCGAGGAGUGCGAAAUUGCGAAAUCGCACGCUCAAGCUUGCAGGCAAUUUUCCAUACUAUAUCCCGUGUACGUUCUCGGAACAGUGUACAUAUUUAUGUCGGUAUCUAUCGUGCCGCCUAUACUUGAUGUAAUAUCGCCGCUUAAUGAAUCCCGCCCUAUCCUUUUACCUUAUCCGGGGUAUUACUUUGUGGACAGUAAGAAAUACUUUUAUUACAUCUAUGGCCACUCCAUCGUGAGCUGGCAGAUGGUCAUGACUGUAAUAGUGACGCAUGAUUGCUUGUACGUGGGUUACGUGGAACACGUUUGCAGUAUGUUCGCAGUGAUCGGAUAUCGUUUCGAAUAUGUGUUUUGUAAUCGUAACGAGGCGUUAAAAGAUUCGAAAGAUGAUCUAGACGAUGUGUACUGUAAGAAGAUUGCGCUCUUCGUGCACAACCACCAAAAAGCUUUAGAAUACAGUAGCUCCUGGUACGAAGCGCCUUUAAAGUCACGAAAGUUGCUCAUUAUAACGAUGAUACAGAGCAUUCGGCCGAUUUCCUUGACCGCCGGCAAGAUUUAUGUGUUCUCUCUGGAAAGCUUUACCACGAUCCUACAGACCUCGAUGUCGUAUUUUACGGUACUCGCGUCUUUUCAAUAGAAACGCUACGUCUGCGAUGGUACUGAUGUCCUGUCGAGUGCGCAACCCCUUUCUACUUGUGUCUUUUUAAUAUAAUGUAAGUUUUUUAUCAAGACAAUUGAGAACGGGAGAAGAAGGUAGUGAUUAAAAUGUGUGAAUCAUGAUAUACAUGGAAACAACUAAUAAAAGUUAACCGACCGAUUGGUGAAACGUCCAA